UAUUGGUCUCUUCCACGCCUUCAAAUGUCAACAAACAUUUUUUCCUAAUCUGUGCAGUUAAAGUUCAAUCUGAUCAUUCUGGGCUCAGAUUCCAGAUAACUUCACACUAUCGCAACAAGCUACAUCGGUGAACCUCCCGGAGCAGUGGUUGCAGUGAUUGUGACGGUGACGCGCUUUCUACCACUGGGUGACAGCAACACGCUGUAAAUGACACCGCAACGGGAGAUUAUGUGUAAAAGAUGCUUUUGAUUGUGACGUCUCUGCUCUGCUGUGCCCCUGUGGCCAAGUCGUGUCUGCAGUGUGACAGCAAGAUCAGGCUUCUGAAUGAAGACUUCGGCCUGUCUGCCCCCACAGUGGCUGAACAGAUUGAAAUUCACAUGAUUUGUCAUCAUGCGUACGAGACCUACAAAGAGACCAGCCUGCAGCGAAUGGGAGUUAUUGAUCCCUCCACUCUCUACAGAGCCAGAACUGAGUACCAGAGCGAAUUUGAUCGCUUUCUGAAGACCAAGCACACCGGACCUCUGACUUUUGAAGCAGUUCAGAUAAUGGAGAAAGGCAGGAGGAUCCUCGAGAAACACUUGGACAUCUUCAUUCGUGAUGGACUGUGUCCCAACGCGUGUGGGCUUCUGAAACAGAGAGUGAUAGACUGCGUUUCUUGUCGCUACAAGAUAUACAUGUGUCCCUCUCCCUCAGGCCAGCAGGACUGUGGAGAGUACCCGGUGCAGGCUGAGGAGGGAGGCCAGGCAGUGCUCAACUGUUUUGUUCCGUGGCAUCGUCUUCUAGUAGGAAAGUCCGAGUACCACUACUCCUGGGCCCCGGGGGUUCCAGGAACUAAAAAGCUAAAUCAAAGUGACUUCAGACCCCUAGUAGUGACAGAUGACUCAUCCGUGAUCCUAAAUCAGCUGCACGUGGAUGAGCAAGGAACAUAUCGCUGUUCUCUGCGGGAAAAUGAGACUGUCUUCUACCAAGUCACGUUCUCAGUCACUGUCUCUCCGCUGCCGAAUCAGACUCGCCGACCCCCCGUCACGCUGCCCACCCCGCCUCCUGGAGACGAAUACUCACCUUUUCUACACACCCAGGGUUGGCUGGCGCCACUCGUCGCCCUGGUUACCGCUCUCAGUCUGGCUGCAAGCGUGGGCCUCGCAGUUGUCCUGGGAAUCUUGGUGAUUCAGCAGAGAGCAGCGGAGGAGCCAAAGAGGAGGAGGAGGAGGGGGCAGGACGAACACACACACAACACGAUCUGAUGGUGUCUCAGCAGGAGAGCAGCCAUGACGGAGUGGGAGUGUUGCUCAGGGAAUAAAGAAGAGGGGAAGUGGGAACAUGAAGAAAGUGGAGUCAGAGGUUUGAGUGGGAGACGUUUGUGGGAAGGCAGAGAGAUUUCAAUGUGGGUUAUGAGGAAAUGAAGACAGAAACGUCACAUCAGACAUUGUGAUAUGAACUGUCCCACACAGAACAUAACGUAUGUCUGCCUGUGUGACAAAGGGCAACGCGUGUCUGAUUUCCAGGGGGUGGAAAACGUCUACAAUGUCUUAGUCAAUGAGAAUCACUGCCUUAUUUAAACAUCACCGAAGGAGGAUAAAGAUGAUAUGUACUGUGUAAUGUCCCUACUACUUGUACGAUUUCCCCAGUGACAAGCAUGAAUUAAAGUAAACCUUCCCCAUAA